AGCAGCAGCAGCAAUAGUAACAGCAACAGCAACAGCAACAUUGGCAGCUUCGAAUGAAAGUAAAACUGCGUGGCCAUUAUUAUCAUUACUAAAUAAUCGUAACUGUGAUAGCACCAAAGAAAACACAACAGCAGAAGCAUCUUCAGAGAGAGAGCAACAGAUACAAAAGAUAAGCAGUUGCCGUGCGUAAUUACGUUUCACUGAUUUUCAAACUAAUAAAUGUCGUACGCGCAAUCGCUGACAACAACAGCAAAAACAUCAACUGUUUACUGAAGCCAAGCAGCCAACAAAACUCCGCACAAAAUGGCGCACAAAAUGAGGCAGACAGCAGCAGCGGCAACAGCAGUAGCAGCAGCAGCAGCAGCAGCAACAACACACACGACAGCAAUACAGAGCUCCACAAGAGCAACACGAGUUGGCACGCAUUCAAGUUCAAGGCGGUCAUCGUUAAUCACAUGUUUUAUAUCCUGCCACACGUUCGCCUCGCUUUUGUUGUUAUUCUUGCUGCUGGCCACGGCACAAGCGGCCAGCAAGCUGACCACUCGCAGCAACAGCAGCAGCCCCAACAACACAACGGCAGUAGCAGCAGCAGCAGCAGCAGCCUCACAAGCGACGCCCGUCUGGGAUCAUGCCAUCGAUUUGAAUGAGGAUUUUCGCAUACUAUGGCAAAUCAUUAAUCAGGAUAUAACAUUUGAAAUACAGGCACGUACAUUGGGUUAUGUCGGCUUUGGAUUCUCGCCCGAUGGGAAUCUGGCUGGCGCGGAUAUGGCCAUCGGCUGGGUGGACAAGGGUCAAACAUAUUUUCAGGAUCGACACGUCACACGCAACGGCGACACGGAGCCUGUCGUGGAUCCCUCCCAGGAUUACAUGCUGAUGCUGGGCUACGAGAAUGCCACCCACACCGUCCUACGCUUUCGCCGCAAGUUGGACACAUGCGAUGCCAGCCAUGACAUCGCCAUAACGAACGACACGAUGCGCUUGUUAUAUAUGUAUCACGCACAGGAUCCGCCGCACGGCUCAGUGCGUCCUGGCACCCUGCCCGAUCCGGAGCGAGCCUUUCGUCCUUAUCGGCCGAUGGUGCUGAUGCAGCGCGCCCAGCUGCAGUUGCCAGCGCCGCAUGACGAGCGAGUCCGUGUGCUGGAGCUGCGUAAUGAGGACGUGGAGCUGCCCGCUGGCGAUACGCCGCUCUUUUGGUGCAAAAUGUUCAAGCUGGAGGAUAUCAAUCGCAAGCAUCAUCUCAUUCGGUACGAGCCGAUUUAUGAUUCAUCGUCCAGCGUACACUACUUGCAGCACAUAACGCUCCACGAGUGCCAGGGGUCGCACUCGGAGCUGGAGGAGCUGGCACGCGAGCAGGGCAGACAGUGCAUGGGCGCCCGCUCCAUACCGCUGGCAUGCAAUGCCAUUGUUGCCUCCUGGUCGCGGGGCAGCGAGGGAUUUACGUAUCCACACGAGGCGGGCUACCCGAUUGAGUCGCGACAGGCCAAAUAUUAUUUAAUGGAGACCCAUUACAACAAUUUGAAGCCGGACUUUGCCCAAUUGCAUGCCAGACAAAUGGCGGAUAAUUCUGGUUUGAAAAUCUACUUUACGCACGUGCUGCGACCAAAUGACGCUGGCAUUUUGUCAAUCGGCAUGGAUCCCAACUGGCGCCACAUUAUACCACCGGGACAGAAGCGCGUGAUAUCCGAGGGCCAGUGCAUUGAGGAUUGCACCGGCUACGCCUUCCCCGGGCAGGGCAUCAACAUUUUUGCGGUCAUGAUGCGCACACAUCAAAUCGGCAAGGAGGUUAAGCUGCGUCAGAUACGACAAACCGAGGAGCUUCCGCCAAUCGCACACGACAGCAAUAUAGAUGUGGCCUAUCAGGACUUUCGACGUUUGCCACAGUCUGUGCAUUCCAUGCCCGGCGAUAGACUCAUCGCAGAAUGCAUUUAUGACAGUUCGUCACGAAAGGCAAUUACGCUAGGUGGCCUCACAAUGAAGGAAGAAAGCUGCACCGUGCUGACACUUUACUAUCCGCGCCAAAAGAAGCUGACAACGUGUCACUCACUGCCCAGUCUGCCCACCGUGCUGCAUUCUCUUGGCAUCGAACAACUCGCAACCGACUCAAAUCCGGUGCUGAUUUCAUCACCGCCCGAAUUGGCUGGCAUGACUUUGGAGGCACGUCUGAUAUCCUACGAUUGGGAAAAUCAAUUUGGAGAAUUUCAAGAGGCAACACGCAAAGGCAGCUUUAAGCCCAUCUGCUGGGGAGCCAAGAAUCAUGUGGUGCCGGGCUCCGAGUUUCUCGAAGGCUACAGCAUAAAUGUGACCAAAACCUACAAGAAGCACAAGCGCUGCAAGCCAAAGCGCCUCUUCGCCCCCAUCACGGAGCGCACCGCGCCCGCUGCAGAUCUGAGUGAGCUGCCCGUGCUGCACGAGCUGGACAACAACAACAUCAUCGAGGGAGCAGCGCGCAGCAGUCGCAGCUCGGCGACCGAUGGCCAUGGCGGCCUGAGCGGUGCCAACGGCAGCAAUUGCAACCAACUCACCAGCGGCAGCUGUCUGCUGUGGCUGUGGCUGGGCGCCGUCUCCUGGUGGCUCUUGCUGCUGCCCCGGACGUGAGGAGCAGAGCAGCAUCCACAGCAGCCGGCAGCAGGCACAGGCAACGGCAACGGCAACGGCGAAGGCACAGGCA